AAGUACGCUCUGCAAACAAUUCGCCUUUCGACUUCAAACUUAUGUACCGAAAGCCUCCUCAGUAUUCGUCUUCGACUUCGAAGGCUCGAUUCUUUUCGGACCGUAGACAACGUUGGCUCCUGCAACCUGCAAUUGCCCCCGUCUGCACGCUUGAGCAGAGUAAGUAUCUCGCCCCAACAACUAGUUGACAAUAGCUGACAACCUGACAGCAAAACACGCUCUCCGAGAACGGACCAAAGUAACAUUCCUGUCCGAAAGGUCAGAGUCUACGUCAGCACUCCAUCGUUGCCAUCUCUCCAUUUCGACGAAAUUUCCAGCGGUGCACAUCGAAACCAAGAUGGAUCAAUCUACCACGCGAGAGCUGGGCAGUGGAACCCAACCACUCCAAGCUGCGCCCAGCGGAGAGUACGGACCCGGCGGGCUUUACACUCCAGAGAUAUACUGGCGUGAAGAGGCGGAAAGUCGACAACAGGCAAUUGACCAGCAGCACGUCCAUGUAGAGUGUUUGAUGCAGGACAAUGACUUCCUUCGGUAUCAGAGGGAGGAUCUUCUCAAACAGGUCAAGGAGCUCAGGACACAACUUCAGCGCCAGCAUGCCCAGACUCUACUUUCGGAGCAUGCUAAAGUGGAAGCCAGGAGGUCCGGUGUACCCAAUGAGGCCAAGUCUACCCAGGAGUCGGGAGAUUUAUGGGUGAUGAUUAUGCAACAGCGCCAGCGGAUUGAGAAGUUGCAGAGAGACCAGGAGAAAUCCGACACCGCCCUGCAAAGAGAAUUGGAAGAUACCAUUAUCAAUGCAGAAGGAUGGGAGGAAGAUGCAAGGGCAUGUCAAAUAGAGCGUGAUGAGAUGGCCGAGCUUCUGAAAAUCCAACAGGAGAAGGGUAAGUACGUGGGCAGGUCGAGCCCUGAAGUGUUGGAUAGGAUCAAGGCCUUGGAAGCGGAGAAUAAUCUUCUCGUUGAGACUUGCACGAACCUGACGGAGAACCCUGCGCCCGCGGAAGAGAGCUCCGAGGGAGCGGCUGCAGAGCACGCAAUUGCACAAGAGGAACUCGACACAAUGGCUAAGGAGAACGAGGACUUGAAGGCUCGAAACGGCGGCCUCGGAGUGGCGAAGACCGAGUUGUCUCAGAAGAUUUCUAUUGGAAAGUGAUCGAUAUAUUGGUGAUAAAUCGAUAUAUUGGAGGUUGACAAUCUGCAAAAUGACUAGAUACAGGAGAGUGAAGAGUAAAAAAGGAGAGGAGGGAAUCUAAAGUACAGUUCUUAUAUACCCACUAGUGGGUGGCGAUUUCCUCCAGUAUAUUAUAAAUCAGAUGACUCAUAUAUAUUAGUGAGCGUUCCCUGAGCUUCCAUAGUGAGCUAUUCCAUAGGCUUCCAUAGUAAACCAUUAUAAAUGAGAGUGGCGAAGCUAAUAUUAGUAGUUGAACCUGGUACUGGAAGGACUAGUAAGCUAGUACUAAUUCAACAAUUUCCAGGCUUGAAGAUAGAGUGAG